UAAACAAACUUCAUUUCAUUUUUAUUUUCUUUGGGCAGUCAAUAGUUAUUUACAUACAAUAUAUAUAUAUAUAUAGAUAUCAUAUAUAUAUAUAUGAUAUUAAUUUCUUGCUCCAUGCUAUGAAUAGAGUGAAAAAAGGGCAAGAAAGGAGUGAAAUUAUGGUAGAUGAAAUUAAAACUAUGUCCAAAGAGGAAGAAGAUGUAAUUCUUCCAGGAUUUCGAUUUCAUCCAACUGAUGAAGAGCUUAUUGGGUUUUAUCUACGACGCAAAGUUGAAAACAAAAGAAUCAGCAUGGAACUCAUCAGACACAUUGAUAUUUACAAAUAUGAUCCUUGGGAUCUUCCAAAAGCGGAUGAUAAAGAAAUGUAUUAUUUCUGCAUGAGGGGAAGAAAAUACAAGAACAGUGUAAGACCAAAUAGAGUAACAAAAGGUGGAUUUUGGAAAGCAACUGGUAUUGACAAGCCUGUUUAUUCUUCUACUACAAAAUGCAUUAUUAUUGGACUUAAAAAAUGUUUAGUUUAUUAUAGAGGAAGUGCUGGCAAAGGCACUAAAACUGAUUGGAUGAUGCAUGAGUUUCGUCUCCCACCAACUUCCAAUACUAAUCAACAAGCUGAAGUUUGGACCCUAUGUAGGAUAUUCAAGAGGAGUAGUUCCACUUACACGAGGUCAUCAUACAAUACACAAGAAGUGAAGCAUCCAAUUGGGGAUGCAAGUUCUAAAGCAUGUAGCUUGGAAUCUGAUGAGAACAGUACUGAUCAUGAUCAUUCCAACAGCUUUAGAGAUAUGUCAUUUCCACACCAAAAUUAUAAUAAUUAUGUAGCUCAAAUGGAUGAAACCAGGAACCAACAAAAUCCAAUACCUCAUGAGUCUACAUUCCCAUCAUCAAGCUCAAUUAGCUUUUGGAACACAAAUAGUACUCAAGAGGAUUACUUGUUUGGUGAUCAUGGGAAUAAAUGGGAUGACCUCAAAUCAAUAGUUGACUUAGCAACAAUGAUGUAGAUGUGGAAAAAAAGGUGACGAUGCGCUCGCAGAAUUCAGAAUUUUUCUUAAGUAGUAUAUUAGUCUGUGGUUGUUCUAAUAUUUUUAUUCGUGCACGUAUGGUUGUUCUAAUAACAACAGUCAUACAACACUAGGCUUUAAGACAAGGCUUGUAUGUUUUGGGUCAAAACCUUGUAACACAGUAUCAGAUGCAAACAUUUGGGAACAUAGUGAUGCACUGGACUCCACACAAGUCCAGGACUGAUACAAACUUCUAAUAUGAUAUCCACAAUCAGCUGAUAUUUUAUUUAGAUUCUUCAAACAUCACAAACGACUCAGCUACGUCAUCCUUUAAGAAUAAAAAAA